GCCAAAAUGCACACAUCUUGAAUCGCUACACUAGUACGAGUGAGUUGUUGUUUUUGUCUUCGUGUCUGCGGCAUUCUGAAAGCAUGUGAACCCACAGCUACAGAUACGAGGCACUAUGGGUCGGAGCAGUAGCAGUUUGAUCUCCGAAGGUGUUCCAGUAGUGGCAGUGUGCCUAGCUGCCUUGCUCCUCAGCAAUGCCUUGAUCUACCUGUAUCUGGACUCUUUGUAUCAGACUGAUGAACAGCUGGUUUCAUCUCAUGUAGGCCACGUGCCUCAGCAUUUUAAAAUCACAAACAUGAAAAACUUCACACCUUGGCUCCAGUGUUCACAGAUAGACGGUGAAGUACGCAAGCUGAAGCUGAUUGGCCAAGGAGCUGUUAAAAAGGUCUAUUUGGCAGAAUGGAGGGGUCAAAAGGUAGCUUUGUCCAAACUGUCCUCUCUGGAUUACCUGGAGGAUUUCCUCCAUGGAUUGUCUAUGCUACAGCUCCUGCAGGGCCCUCGGGUGGUGCAGCUGGUGGGUUUUUGCCUUGAAGACCACACCCAGGUCACGGAGCACCAUCCACAUGGCCCGCUCCUUAAUUUGGAAGGUAUUCUUGAACAACGGCAGCACCAGCAACACAAUACAUGGCAGGCCCGGCUGAGGUUGGCUAUAGACUACGUCCUCAUCCUGCAUUACCUCCACAACAGCCCAGCUGGGCGGCGGGUCAUGUGUGACUCCAACAGCCUGGAAAAAACCUUGUCCCAGUUUCUGCUGACAAGUGACUUUCACCUGGUGGUGAACGAUCUCGAUGCGCUGCCUGAGGUGGACACACCCAAAGGCCUUGGGGUAAAAUGUGGUCAUCGUGAGCUCACUGGGGACUUUGUUGCCCCAGAGCAGCUGUGGCCCUUCAGAAACGCAGGAACGCCAUUUGCAGACGAUCUCAUGCCUGAGUACGAUGAGAGAACAGACAUCUGGAAGAUCCCUGACGUGACAUGGUUCCUGAUGGGAAGGGUACCUGGGGGGGAUGUAGUCCAUUUCCAUCUCUUUCAGAUCCACCAGGAGUGUAAGAGGGAAGACCCCAGGCUCAGGCCUUCAGCUCUGGAUGUGUCCAAGGUGUACCAAUCAGUGUACAGCAGCAUGGUGCAAGACAGUGCUGGCUUUAGAGACAUGCUGUAGAAUGUGUGAGUACAUUUCUGACUCGCUUAAAAAAACCUGAACGUUAAAUAAAAGCUACAGUUUCACAAUGAGGUGUAGUAUAAUAUAGUGCUUACUGAAACUGUUCUCUUCCCGAGGAUUUCCCUCAAUUUAUCCAGAUAGCUCAGAGGGACUAAGACCUUUAUGCAAACGGGUGUAUGAACUUGUUAAAUGAAACUUUAACAUGUAUUGUUUGUCAUGGUUGCUAAAAAAAUGUAAUAAUAGUAAAGAUGCACCAUCAAAGUAUUGAACUACCGAACAGGAAAACUCAAUUAAAGUGUACUACUAAUGUGCUUUAUACAACUUCUCCUGCUUCUCUGUUUACCCCUCCCAUUGCUCUUCUCCUGCUACACAUGUCCUGUGUUCAUGCCAAGGAUACCUGAGAGUAGAAAAACAGCUGUCAGUAAGAUCUGAGCUUCAUAUGAGCCAAGAACACAGCAUUCCCAAAGAGAGGCUAACCAGGGGACAUUGCAAAGAGGAUGCUGACAGCACACAUACAGACAGGACAGAGCCGCCCAGAGCAACAACAUGACUGUGUAAAACAUUGUGUGGGAUAAUUUCCUAUUUCAUAGAUACAAUGUAAUAUGACGUAGUUUGAAUCCAGCUGCACAAAGAGCAUAACCCUCGGAGAUACAUGUGCUGUUACGGUACUUGAGCUUGGAGUGAUUCAAAAUGACGGACUCAUUCUAUAGCAAGGAUUUAUUCACAUGUAUUAAAUACAUUUUAUUGAAUAUAUGAUGUCACAAAAUCAGUCCCAAAAUGUUUUUACUGUUCCUAGAACAGGGGUGUCAAACUAAAUUUCAUCGCGGGCCACAUUAGCAUUAUGGUUGCACUCAAAGGGCCGGUUGUAACUCUAUAAAUAUACAUAUAUAAAUAUAUAAAAUAAUGUAUUGUAUUACUGAAUUGGAUUAUUAUCAGAUAGGGUAAUAACUUCAUAAUUAACUACAUCUGAAAGCAGAAGUCUGGGGCAAAUAAUUGCAAGUGUCUUCAGUGUGCAUGUCACAAAACGAUUGUGGGACAUGUACUUUAUGGGCAACGUACUUCUCUAAAGUGGCAUGUAACCGUAUAAUAAACAUAUUAUAUUAUUUGCAAGCUCUUGCGGGCCACAUGAAGAGUUUUACACCCGUGCCCUAGAAGGUCUGUUGAGAAGCGCAAUGGAUUUCUGCUUAAAUGUUUCUUUAACCAUGUACAAUUUGAAAUGGUUUGAUAGUACAUUACUGUACAGGGUAGGUUAGCUCUAAUGACAUUGUACACAUUCAAAAUGUCCUUAAUUCUUUACAUUUUGUAAUGUUAUGAGUUCAUGUUUUUCUUCAUAGUUUUGCUGAACAUGUCAAUGUAUAUGUAACUUUUCAGGAUAACCCUGACUAUGGCCAUGUCAAGCGUUCAAUGAUUUUACUAGUUUAGUUAUUACUACUUGUGACAGAUAGGCCUGCUAAGGUUUUUGAGACUGAAUGGCAUUGUGAAGCUCAGUGAGUGUGAUGCAGCAGAGCUAACAGCUAGCUGCUGGUUCCUUACACACAGCUGUAAGCCUCCAUAUGAAUGCUGUGGCACGUGUGUUCGGUGGAGUUUGCCUCCUGCAGAGAUAACCUUUGAGCAAGGCAGCAGCUGCUAAGUGCUUAGAGCCCCUGUCUCUGACUUGUCUCCAUCAAUGCAUGUUGUGAGCUCCUGUUUGUGUAUGAGUGAAACAAUUUCCACAAUGAACAAAUCAUUUCUGAUUAUUUUUAUCUUUAUUCAUUACAUUGUUAUUAUUAUUAUUUGAUGGAAAGAGCUUCAAUAAACUUGAUGAUAUAA